AUGAUGGAUGAACCAACUGUACUACGGAAGGACCAGUUGGAGAUCAGCUUAGUCAAUGAGAAGAAGUUGAUUAAGGAGGGCACUAUUAAGGAUGAUAACCCUUUAGAUCUCAGUGAACCAUUCCGGGAACUAUGCAAUGCAUGUCGUCAGGGCGAUUUGAAAGUCUGUCAAGAGAAAAUCACCGAAGGCGUCAAUGUUAAUGCGCGUGAUCCCUAUGAUUAUACGCCAUUGAUCCUGGCGAGUCUCUGUGGUCAUUAUGAAGCUGUGCAACUUCUUCUCGAGUCUGGUGCACUUUGUGAGCGAGACACAUUUCAAGGUGAAAGAUGUCUCUAUAAUGCCCUAAAUGACCGGAUACGAAACCUCCUCCUUGAAUAUGACUAUUCUAAGUCCACGGAUCCCCUCCAACCUCUAGCUGCGCAUAUAACUUCGCUUCUCACCCGGGAGUCCCCAGUAACAACAGAUAUUGUUGUGAAUGUGUCCGACCAAUCGCUUCACCUCCACAAAUUCAUCCUCUCGGCACGCUCCCCGUAUUUCUAUGGUAAACUAGCAGAGGCACCGGAAUCUGCCACAUGGGAACUCCCAAGUACUAUUCCACCGGAGGCAUUUGGUGCUGCUAUCAAAUACCUAUACUUUGGAGAAGCCCCUCGGGACUUGAGAAGUGGGCCAGGAACAGGCUUCACCGAAUCCGAGACUUUUGCAGGGGUGGAUAGAAUCUCCAAGUACUUGGAGAUUCCCAGUCUUCUAGACAGCAUCCUUGAUAGUGGAGACCGGAGACGUGCUAGACAAAGAAGAACCGACGAUAUUUCCAAAGGCCGAGAUCAAAUGGAACAAUGGUUCCAAGAGAAUAUUCUGGGGAACAAGCUCGAGGUGGAGACUUCGAAAGUGAACGAAGUGAAGUGGAACCGAAGCAACGCAAUAUUCGCUGAUGUUCUCCUGAGAGCGGAUGAACUCCCUGAGGAAGAGGAGGAAGCGGACGUUCGCACCCCAGAGGUUAGCAAUGGCACAUCUAGUUCGAUUCCCAUUAGCCCUCUCGCUGCCACGAAUGGGAAAAUUCUCGAGGCGCCGAAAUCAGUCAUCUUCCCAUGCCAUCGAGCAAUGCUUUUGCGAUCUGAGUUUUUCCAAGCAAUGUUCACAUCCACCUUUCGCGAAGCUUACCUCGAUGAGCAUCUGACGAUCAUCGACAUCAACUGUUCGCCUGAGGUCUUGGAAAUAAUUCUUACAUUCUUAUACACCGAAAGAGCCGAUUUCCCCUUAGACAUAGCUGUCGAUGUCCUAUUCGCCGCAGAUAUGCUCUUCAUUGAGAAGCUGAAGACGAAAGCCGCCGUGGUUAUCAGUACUCUCGGCAGUGCUGGAAUGUCUCAGUCCGAGGCUGCAAAGACUAGGGGUAUAGCGCACGAAGAGGACAUUGACAUUUACUCAAUUGUUAGAGCUGCAUGGUUGACUCGCGUGCAGCGAUUGGAAGAAUUCGCUGCUCGGUAUCUUGCCUACCGAUUGGAAGCACAUAUAGAUACCCCAGAAUUUGCGGAGUUGAUCCAGGAAUCAGCAUCUCGCAUCAAGGCGAGACAGGAAACCGAUUCCAUUGAAAUGCUGGAUGAUAUCCGCUUCUAUCUUGGGGAGCGCUUUAGAUUAAGAUUUGAUGAGGCUGGCCUGGAUGAGAUGAUGGAUGAAAAAGAACUACCAGAAGAUCUUGAUGAAGAUGAGCAGCCGGAAGAAGUUAUAAAACUUACAGAAGAUGUCCAGACCUUGGAUAUUUCAAAAGAGGUUGCCUCGGAGCUUCGAGCUUUGGACGGCGCGGUUGUCGAGGAUGAAUUCUCGGAAGAUGCUAUGAACUAUGAGAUCUUGCUCGAGAAGCUGGAUGCUUUGUUGGAGAGACUCAACCUUGAGGCCUAG